CGCGAGUUUGUGCUCAAACAAUGUCCAUGUAGAGAGAGCAGAGGAAACUGCACAGCUCCAGACUUCACCACCCAGUUUCUCAGGACGCAGGACGUGGCUAAAGAAAGCGUCUGAACCGAGGAGGGGAGGGAGAGAGAGAGACAGUGUCGGAUUACUAUUCCAAGCGGCAGAUUCUGAAUAACACCGAACAGGGUCAGAAACGCAGGAGAGAAUCGCUUUAUUACUGGAAAGUAGCUCGCUGCAGCUGCCCUGAAUUGAGAACAGAGAAGGGGGGGUAAAAAAGGCGCAAGUCUGUAAACUUGGGCAGAAAGUCAGAGUCAGUGGGUUAUUGAAGAGAUCUCGAAGUUACUCCAACAUGGCUCACUCAACCCCUCUGAAUGGAGUGGACGGACACAAGGAUCCUUUGAUAGAGUUGUUUGUUAAGGCUGGGAGUGAUGGAGAAAGCAUUGGGAACUGCCCCUUCUCUCAACGACUCUUCAUGAUCUUGUGGCUGAAAGGUGUGGUCUUCAAUGUCACAACAGUUGAUCUUAAGAGGAAACCAGCUGACUUGCAAAAUCUGGCUCCCGGAACACACCCGCCGUUUAUAACCUUCAAUGGAGAAGUAAAAACCGAUGUCAAUAAGAUUGAAGAAUUCCUUGAGGACGUGCUGGCUCCACCAAGGUACAUGAAACUUGGAACAAAACACCCAGAAUCCAACACAGCUGGGAAUGAUAUCUUUGCAAAAUUCUCGGCUUACAUCAAAAACUCCAAGCCAGAAGCAAAUGAAGCUCUGGAAAAAGGCCUGCUGAAAACCCUGCAGAAGUUGGAUGAGUAUUUGAACACUGCUCUGCCAGAAGAGAUCGAUGCUGACAGCAUGGAGGACAUCAAGGCCUCCAACCGCAAGUUCCUAGAUGGGGAUGAGAUGACACUUGCAGACUGCAAUCUGCUCCCAAAGCUUCACAUUGUCAAGGUGGUAGCAAAGAAAUAUCGGAACUUUGACAUUCCAAAGUCCAUGACGGGAAUUUGGCGGUACCUGCAGAAUGCCUAUACCAGGGAUGAAUUCACAAACACCUGCCCCGGAGACAAAGAAAUUGAAAUCGCUUAUGCAGAUGUAGCUAAGCGUCUCAGCAAGUGAUGAUCGGCAAGGCCAGCACAUGUUACCCACUAACAGAAAAGCUUUUGUUAACAGAGAACGCUUUCCUUUUAUUGCAUGGUUUUGCAAAUUGUCAGAUAUGAUUUUAUACCUUCUAUUGGAUUAUAACUUCAGGUAUCUCAGUUUUUACUUUUUUUACAUAUAUAUAUAUAUUUUAGGAAGGGCUUUCAAUGUUCUGUCAAUCAAGCACGCAGUUGUUUAGGUGAUCAUGACCAUAUGGUAAUUGAUGUCCAAGAAGGAGUUGAUUCUCUGUGUAAUGACGUUAUAGGAAGCUGGGCCUGUAAGACCUUGCACUGUGAACGGUCAUUCUAUAAGCUAUUUUAAAAAUAGCCCAAAUGACUCUGUUUUUCUUACGGUCAAUUUAGAUCACAUUUAAGUGUAGAUAUCAUAAAACCUAUCUUGGCCUCAAAAAUGAAAAGAUUACAGUGCCUAACUGGUUAAGAUCACACCAACACUUAAGUGUAACCAUCUUCAAUCACGCAACCAGCCUUGAAAGCCCUGGUGUAGGUAUUAUGAAGGAUAUACACAUAAAGUCACAAAAUAUUAUAAUAGGAUGACUAUGGAUGACUUUUAUUGUUAGAUCUAUAAUGCUGCAACAAUCCUCAAAUUUGUGAUUGAUUAAUAAUGAAUAAAAUAUUUCCACUUGCCUUAUUCUUAAAUUUCAUCAAUAACUACAGUAUUUUGACUUUUUAUUCUCUAGUCUGACAGAUUUUUUGGUUAGUUAAUAGAAGAACAAAUUUACCUGGAUUCAUAUGGUUGCUGUAAGGGGUGGGUGAGCUAGAAAUGAACAAAAGUCAACACUGAGGUAAGACGUAGUUCCAAAUGGGUGUAGAGGAUGAUGCUAUUUAUUGUUUGUAACACAUUUUGUAAGGUUUCGUUAUGUGGAGAUAAUUAUCCUUCUAGAGAAGCCCAUGCUCAACAAAUUGAAGCAGGAUUUUUAGCUCUUUUUCCCUUACAAUUUCAAAAGGCUGUUCUGUUUGAUUGGCUGUGAAUAGUCCCAUUCUUAUUAGUGUAUGAAAACAGCAUCCUGGAUAUUCUCAGAGGGGAUACAUAAAUCCUGAUGUUCUGUGGGCUCUGCUGCUUCACAGAGUGUGUGGGUCAGCAACCUCUUGUAAGAAGCAUUCAAACUUUUCCUUGUCGGGUUUUCUUUCUCUACAUCCAUAGCAAGAUAACAAACUGGGAGCAAUGGCAUUGUACAUUUAGAUUACAUGAGAUUUGUGACUGGUAUUCAGAACAAAGUGAGAACGAACAUUGUCAUUAUUUUGGUGAUCUCAUUGCUUAAACCAGGGGUUCCCAAUCUUUUUUAUGCCACGGACCCCUACCAUUAACCAAAUGGGUCCAUAGAUGUCAGGUUGGGAAGCCCUAACUUAAAUACAUCACAACGCACAGGCCACAACAGACACUCAUUAAUGAUCUUAUAAGGAUAAGCAUCAUGUGACGUUAUCUCAGGUUGACUUGCUUUAAGGUGACUUACUUGUCAUUUUUAGAUGGUAAAAACCAAGUCGUCAUUUUCUAACUCAUAACCAGGUUCCCUUUGCGACCAGAUUUUUUAAAGCUUUAUAUGUGAGCAAAAACAACAAAAUUACUCAAAGUGAUUUAAAUGCAAGCCAAAGUGAUUGUUGCAACAUUAUAACAUUAGCACUCUAUGAAUUGCAUUGGCAAUGGACUCACGCCAAAUUAGUUUAUUUGCAAAACUUUUAUUCUCUUGAACACUGAAGGUAGUUAUUCGUCCGCAGUUUCUGUGCACAACCAACACGUAACACCACAAAGCUCAGUGAAUUUCGCCUAUUUAAGCGACUUCAUUUAUCUCCAGCUCGCUGAUUGCAGAGCAAUAUUUGAGGCUGUGCUAGAGGCUCAUCAGUCAUCACACACCUCUGGGAAUGGUGACUGUGUGGUGAGGGAAAGUGGUAGCUCUUUGGAGAACACUGGGGGAAUAUACAUUUUGUUCAAAGAAAUAAGCUUCAUAAAACAAGCAGAAGCUCUUCAUCAGUAGCCAUACAAGGUCAGAGAAUUUUCCAUUAAUGGUUGACCUGUACAAUUGAAUUUUCUCAUUUAUGCCAGUCAUAUGGUUUAUUUUGUUUUCCCUUCAAUUCAGAGUAACUUCACUGGAAGUAGGUUUCGCAAGAAAAACUGAACCCCUGGGACACAUUUCCCAAGAAAAGCAUUCCCUGUGGGAUGCACUUCCCAAAGAAACCGUUUUCAAAACCAUCAUCAUCAUCAUCAUCAUCAUUAUGUGCCUUGUUGUAUGACGUGGGCAAUCAUGGUCUUUCCAUGACCAUGAUUGUACUUGGCAAAUUUUUCUACAGAAGUGGUUUGCCAUCGCCUUCUUCUGGGCAGUGUCUUUACAGGAUCCCAGCCAUUAUCAAUACUCUUUAGAGAUUGUCUGCCUGGCAUCAGUGGUCACAUAACCAGGACUUGUGAGAUGCACCAGCUGCUCAUAUGGCCAUCCACCAUCUGCUCCUAUGGCUUCACCUGACCAUGAUCAGGGGCUUAGCAGGUGCUACAUCUUGCCCAAGGGUGACUUGCAGGCUAGUGGAGGGAAGGAUCACCUUUCACCUCAUUUGGUAGAAAUGUAUCUCCACCCUGCCACCCAAAAUAUCAUUGUCAUUUAAAUAAUGGGCCUCACCUGGCAUCGUUUUCACCUGAAGUCAUCAGUUAGUUAAGCAAGUAAACCAAAAAAAGAGUGAGUGCCUGAUAUGGUGACAAAGUUGAAUGGUUAAAAAUGUAUUUCCCCACAAUGCAACUUCUGGUUAGGGAGCACAUUUUAGAUUUGGUUUGGCUUGCUUCCACCUGUAAGUAGUAAUAUCUCAGAUCUUUUAUAACGUUCAGAAAUUGCUGAGUAAUAAUAGGAAAAGCCUCAACAUGUAAUUACUAAAAUAAUCCAAUGUGCUUUAUUUUAUCUGUGCACCAUUACCAUCAUGCAUUCCCCAACUGUAAGCCAUCUGGGCCACCCAUUCUACCCUGAAAAGUGUCAUCAUCUCUUUGGUGGUGAUGCUAACAGCAUUACUCGAAUGGAUAGAGUGUUGAACAGAUAGUCGUCAACUAACAGAUAAUGCACAGGUGAGAAAAGCCUGAGGGUCACUCUUGUGUCAUAUGCAAGGAUGAAGAAAUUUGCAUCUGUUUUAAGCUGAAACACUGAACAAAUGGAUUGUUCGUGUCAAAAGGUAACAAAUUUACAAUUUCAAAAAGAUUUGCAAUGACCUGCAAAUAUUAAGGUGCAAAGUCAGAAGAGGAGCUAUUAACGUGAAAAAUGUGAUAAGGAUGGCUACACAUUUUCCGAGUUACUUCCAUUAUGUGGUGAUUUACAUUUUUUAGAAGUCAUUUACAUUUGAUAUCUGAAUGUUGUGCACCUUCUACUCAUGUGGUUUUGUAACUCUUUGGUUCAGCUUUCUCAUGAUCCAAUAAAUGUCUCCUAAACCUUUUGCUUCAGCCUUUUGUAAACACCAAUAAUUGACUUUAAUGCAGAUGCUUUUUUUUAAAAAUACCUGCACAAUGUUUACGAGGGGCGCAUUUUUUCAGUGAGCUGGCAUUAAAUUUGAUUUGUACUUUCAACAAAUGCUCUUGUAGCAUUCCUGAAGUAUUAAGCAUUUCUAGACUUAGACUGAUAAGAGUUCUGUGCUGAAAGAAAUUCAGUGUGUAAACAUCAGCUCUGUUGUCUUGGAGAGAAGUUAGGUGGAAGAACGAUACUUUCAUUGGGAUUUAGUCUGUGAAAGAAUUGCAGAAGGUGAUUGUAGUUCUGAUGAACUAAGGAAAUCUGUGGUUGUCAGGCAUGACUUCCUUUCUUCCGAAUUGAUGGAUUAUUAUUUGUUUUAAAACAACACUCCAUUGCCCAUUUGCAUUUUGCCCUAAGAUACUGAGAAGUGGAUUUCAUUCUAAAACUUUAUCAAUGUUUUUCAAUGUCUUCAUCAUAUUGAAAAAAAUUAAGGACGUUUGUGCAUAGAUGUGAGUAUAUAGGAUGUUUAGACUUAGAAUUUCCCAGAGAGCUCCAGCCAAGGCAAAGACAAAUUAAUACCGGUGAAAACAUUUAUGAAAAUAAUGUCCAGUUGAUGGAAAGCCAACAAUGUGUUCCACAAGAACUUCAAAAGUACAGGGACUGUGACUGACAAAUUGAGAGGAAGCAAGGAAGUUCCACGGUAAUCCACAGAAAGUGUUGAAGGAACUGAACAGGUUAGGCAGUAAUUGAGUUUCUCCAGCACUUUGUCUGUGUGUUGCUCAAGAUUUCCAGCAUCUGCAGAAUCUCUUGUGUUUAUGAGGUUCUACAGAAAACCUGCACUCAUUUAGGCUUUUUAGAAUAAAAUUUGAACUAAGCUGAAUUGAGAUUGUCAGCAGUGAGGUAAAUGGGGUCUCCUUCAGGUUAAAGGCAUGGAAACUUUUUGAACUCGAGGUUACAAUUGAACAAUAGGAACAUUACUUUAGCUCGGGGUGUCUGGUGCGAUGGUUACUUUUCGUGACUAAUUAUUAAUGAUGAGAUGGAAAAAGCAACCAAGUGAUUAGUCUAAUUAUGAGUAGAAAUCUCUUAGCUGGUUCAUUUGGGAUCUGGCACAACACAAAGGUUUUAACAUGGCAUGCUUCAUUAAAUAAUGAAGUUUCAUAUACUCAAUAGAAAAGUCAAAAUUAAAUAUGCAGUUGCAUCUUGUAAUAUUCUGCUUUAAAAUUUCACAGAAAAAAUCCAGAUUAAUUCUCCAAUGUUUACAUGCCUUUGGAUACAGUCAUCAGUUUUGUAAUUGGCUUUACUUUAGUAGUUCAUUUCCAAUGAUAAUGGCAAUAAUAUGCCAGUGGUAUGUUAUAUAACAUACACUGUAGCAAUACAAGGAAAGGGACUGCAUAUUAAACCUAAAGUAUCUUCUUGAUAGUUAACCUGUUAACCAAUUGCAGCUGUUUCUGAAAUUUAACUGUUUUGUUGUACAAAAGGACUAAAUACUAAAUUAAAAUGUCACCAGCUGCUAACAUUAUUGGGACCAAAGUUAAUUGGCCAUUGGCUUAAAUUGUUAAGGACUUGAAAUAGGAAUAUGUAAAAAGGAUUAAGUUGAUACUUGUAAAAAUACAGUAAUUUCUUUCAGAGUUAACUUUAGCACCAAGGUGGUUAAUAAGGAGCAGGGGAGAACCCAAAGAGGUUCUUCUGACCCAGUGUAUGAUAUGAACAGAAGGUGUUAUAUCUAAUUUUAUCUAUUCGAAGAACAUUGCUAUACAGUACACUAAAGCUUUGGGCAGAUUUGUAACCUGCUUGAGUUUUUAAAUACAAUUUUAAAUGCAUAUAUUUUUAAAGUUUACAUUUAGGAUGCUUAUCACAAAAUACAAUAGCAGUAAAAAACGGCUUUCAGAGUAAUCUGUGACAGUAUGUUCAAAGGAUUCAAAUAUUAGAAUAUUUUUGUCCUUCAUUUUGACAUUCUCUUUUCACUAAUGAAUGAAUGACCAUGUAACUCAAAAUUUUGUUCCUGCCUUCAGGAAAGCUGAAUGCCUAUAGUCCUACAAAAUUUUGUUCAAUUGCUUAAAAUGAUGGCUUAAGAGUUGGAACUAAGCUAAAUCACACAGAAUAGUGUUUGAAAUGGAUCUCUAAUAUUAUUGUAAAAAUUCUGGUCAGAAUACCGAUUGCAAUGUGUAUGCUGACAUGUUGAUUAUGGUACUGUAUUCAUUGUAACUAUGUGAAAAUUUAAAUUUGUAAGCAAUUUCUAAUGCAUUUAUUGGAAAGGAAGUCUCAGUCGUGUAAUGGAUAUUCAUAUCCAUCUUCCGUUUCGGCUCUCCUUAAAUCUACAUAUGGAUACGAGUAAUCAGAAAAUAAUUUUGUCAUGCUCAUUUUCCUUGUAUUGUGAUCAUUUGUAGUUUUAUUUUUAGCAGUAAUUAUGCAUAUUUAAUAUAAUGCUCAUGUUUAUUCUGAAGGCAAUUCUUUCCUAAUAGUUAACAAAGUUAUUAGCAUAUCACUGUUCAAGAUGCAUGAAGCCUAAGCAUUGCUGCACAAGAGUGAUUAUUACACUUUCCAUGGAUAAGAUAAACCCCUGGAAACUGCCAAGGAGUACACAAGUCUUAUUACCUGCAUAAGUAGCUCUGAAAUGAAUUUGAUAACCUCAAACUAAAUUAACUACUUGAAGUUUCUAUUUUAAAUUUGCAAAGACAACGCAUUUGAAAGGAUCGCAGCACUAAUUCAAUUGACCACCAUCAAGUUUUGGACCGAGACAACCCUCACUUAAAUUGCUUCAACCAUUUAAUGGUUUCUUACGGCUGAUGAGGUUUGAUGGGAAUCUGAUUUGGCAAGUAUGUCCUCUCUCAAGUCAAAGCAAGCUUGAAGCUGAGGGUUAAUGUUUCAUCAAGGAACAAUUCUUUAUCAACAAAGGACCAGUCAGGUGCACUGAAAACGAUAUCUUUGUAUAGUCUUUCCAAAAUCAAUUUAAAAUUAUGAAGUUUGGGUGGUGAAGACCAUUAUGUCUUCAGUACUGGUGACUUUAAACUAUUGGUUAACAAAAGAAAGAGGAUAAGAAUACAUUUAAUGAUACUUCAAAUCUGAACUUUACCAUUUAGGACAAGUCCCUUACCACUGCUGAGCAUUUUCAUUGGAGGAAAAGUUUAAUGUUACUUUCAAAUGCUGGAUAUUACAUGUAGAUUGGAAUGUCUUUUCCUCAGGCCUACUAUGAGAAUCAGUCCCUGUUGUACAGUAUGCUUAUAUCUCCCACUGUAUGUUGAACAACUUUUGCAAAAAAAAACACCAGUAUAUGGCUGGCAGCUGUUAAUAAAAUAAAAUGUAUAUUUUCACAUCCAAUAUGUGUUUCCUGUAGCGU